AUGGCCACCCAAAACACCAAGAGCCAGGUCAUCAUCGUUGGCGGUGGCAUUACGGGCCUCGUAUUGGCCUUGAUGCUUCAGCAUUCCGGAGUCGACUACGUCCUGCUGGAAGCUUACGACUCCGUCACACCAAACGUAGGAGCCAGUAUUGGUCUCUUCCCCAAUGGUUUGAGAAUCCUUGACCAGCUCGGCCUGUUCGAGGACAUCCUCGAAAAGGCCCAGCCAGUCAACUGCAUGAUUGUCAGAGACCACACCACGGGCAAGCGCAUUAUGACGCGGAGAACGAGACAGCUGAUCACCGAGCGCCACGGCUACCCGACCAUGUUCAUGGAGCGUCACGAGCUCUUGUGCGUCAUGUAUAAGCACCUCAAGGAGAAGAACCGAGUUUUUGUCAAUAAGAAGGUGCAGCGCGUGGAGACUUCGGAGGAUGGCGCCUUGGUUUACACGGCAGACGGCUCCGUUUUCGAAGGACAGAUCGUCGUCGGCGCCGACGGCGUCCGAAGCACCAUCCGCCGAGAGAUGUGGAGAAACGCCGACGCCGCAAACGACUCCGCCGCCAUCCCGGCCCGGGACAGACAAGACGUCCCGUGCGAACACGCCUGUAUCUUCGGCACCGCCAAGCCCACCGAGGGUGUUCCCGCCGGCGAGGUCGUUGGAGCGAGCGGUCCCGGUACGUUGGCUGGCUGCAUGGGCGGCCCGGGCUCGGAGGUUUUCCUCUUUUGGUUCUGGACGCUGCCGGAAGGCCAACGCAAGUGCCCGAUCAACGAGAUCCCGCGCUUCGAUGAGGAGGACAAGCGCCGCGAGUUCCAACGCGGGGCUGAGGCGCUUGUUGCCGACAACGGCCUGCGCUUGAAGACAGUCCAGGACAACCUGCUGUACAGUGGCGUGACGGCGCUGCCUCACUUCGUUAUGAGGAAAUGGCACUAUGGCCGCAUCGUCAUCCUCGGCGAUGCCGCGCAUAAGUUCAACCCCCUCGUCGGCCAGGGCGGCAACAGCUGCAUAGAGUCUUGCGCUUCUCUGGUGAAUGCGUUGCAGGAGCAAAGCCUUUUUGGCCCUCAAGGCAGUAACGCGUCUUCCUGGUCAUUGUCCAGUGUCAGCAAAGCCUUUAUCGCCGUCGAAAACCAGCGCGUCCCCCGCCUUGUCGACAUGGUAGAGGAGUGCCAGGACGCCAUGCGCACCUCCGCCUGGAACUCGUGGAAGGGUCGCAUGCUGCUCAAAUAUGUCAUGCCCUUGAUGCCGUUGGAAAAGUACGUCAACUUUUACAGUAACCAGAUCUCCGGCGGUCUACGUCUGAAUAGCAUCGAUCCUCCCAAGGCGGCACACAACUGGCCGUAUGAAGAUGAGAAGACGCCCGAAGAAAAGUCUCUGGCGAUUAGCAAGGCCAGCGUCGUGGCUACGAUACCAGUGGCUGCGUUGACUGCGUUCUUCCUGGCAAAGAUAUUGCGGAGCGAGAAUGGACUCGGUGGUUCGAUGUUGAUGUCUCGGAUUAUUGAAAGGGUUUCUAGCUUCAGACAAUGA